GUGGCAGCAGCAGCAGCAGGCGUGGACGUGCCUGGCGAGAUGAAGGGCCGGAUCCCCACGGUGCUGCUGGCCUGUGGCUCCUUCAACCCCAUCACCAACAUGCACCUUCGCUUGUUUGAAGUGGCCAGAGACCACCUCCACGACACAGGAAGGUACCACGUGAUCGCAGGGAUCCUUUCGCCUGUCAAUGACAAGUACAGGAAGAAGGACCUAGUGGCUGCCCAUCACCGAGUGACCAUGGCCCGGCUGGCCCUCCAGACAUCCGACUGGAUCCGGGUGGACCCCUGGGAGAGCGAGCAGGCACAGUGGGUCGAGACGGUGAAGGUGCUGAGGCACCACCACAGGCAGCUGCUCACGUCACCACCCCCGAUGGGAGCCCCGGAUGCCGGCAGCAAGGCCCUCUCCUCAGCCUCGGCAGCUGCGCCUGAGCUGAAGCUCCUGUGUGGGGCCGACUUCCUGAAGAGCUUUGGGGUCCCAGGCCUGUGGGAGGAGGCGCACGUGCAUGAGAUCGUGACCAAGUUUGGCGUGGUGUGCGUGGGCCGCGUGGGGCACGACGCCGAGGCGUACAUCGCCGACCUGCCCGUCCUGCGCAGGAACCGCCACAACAUCCACGUGGCCCACGCGCCCGUGCACAACGCGCUGAGCGCCACCUACGUCCGCCAGGCCUUGGCACAGGGGCACAGCGUCAAGUACCUGCUCCCCGACGCCGUCCUCGCCUACAUCCGGCUCCACCGGCUGUACCUCGGGGGCACAAGUGCCCGCGGCGGGAACCACAGCGGGGCGCACUAG